UUAAUGAAAGUAAAGAGUUGCAGUAAUUGAAGCGUGUGCUCCAAGCCAAAACGCCAUCACUAACCUAUCUAAAUUAUCAAUCUUUGAUUUGCCCUUUUUAGGGGAUAACAAUAACAAUUGCUGGAUUUUUUAAUCCUUGUUGUGGGUCUGGUUUUUUUUCCCUCUUUCUUGAACGUUCUGUGAAAAAAGGUGGAGUCUUUGAUCAUUUCAGGAGAGAGAGGGUGAAGAAAGAGUAGAAUAUUUGGGUGAAAAUUGGAUGGGAGUGAGAGAAAGGAAGUGGGAGGGUGAUGAGGAAGUCUUUUAAAGAUUCACUCAAAGCGCUUGAAGCUGAUAUUCAACAUGCCAACACCUUAUACAGGGCAUCGGAUUAUCCGAGGGCAUAUGAUGGUGCUUGCAUUCAGAUGAGGCUAUCGUAUAGCCCUUGCGCGCAUAUUUUUCUUUUCCUUGUUCAAUGGACUGAUUGUCACCUAGCCGGUGCACUUGGGCUUAUUCGGAUCCUUAUCUACAAGGCUUAUGGUAAUGGUAAAACAACCAUGUCUAUUCAUGAAAGGAAGGCGAGUUUGAGGGAGUUCUACGGAGUGAUAUUCCCCUCUUUGCUGCAACUUCACAAUGGGAUCACUGAUGCUGAGGAGAGGAAGCAGAGGGAGCUGUGUGACACUAAGUACACGAGAAGAGAUGAGACGAUCAAGGGGAAAUUGUCCGAGAUUGAAAUCGAGAGGGAGGAAGAAUGUGGGAUUUGCAUGGAGAUGAACACAAAGGUUGUCCUGCCUCGUUGCAGUCAUUCUUUGUGCGUUCAGUGCUACAGAGACUGGCGCGCCAAAUCUCAGUCAUGUCCGUUCUGUCGGGAUAGCCUGAAGCGGAUGAAUUCCGGGGAGCUCUGGGUAUACACUAGCAACUGUGACAUAACUGACUUAUCCACCAUUGCAAGGGAAAAUCUGAAGCGACUGAUCGUGUACAUCGAAAAACUGCCCCUUGUCGUGCCAAAUCUGAUGGUGGUCUCUUGUGAUCCUCAUUCUUGAACAAGGACUGGUAGUAUCCUUGUCCAUUUCUUGUACAGAAUUUGUCAGGUGAUUUUUUUAUUUAUAUACCAUUUGUUACUGUA